CUGAAACACUCAGCCAGACAUUGCUUCCCAGUCUACGAGGAGUCCCACUGUGCUUAAUUGUCUUGACUCAAGCACCGGCAUAGAUCUUCUUUAACUUAACAGAGGAGCAGAACUGGUGUUUUGAAAUGGAACCGGCCAUGGGGCACGUCCCUUCCUGGGGGCACAAGCCCCCUGUGUGUGAACGUGGAUGUGAGCAUUUAAGAUGUCUCUCAGCAGUGAAAAGAAAGUAAAUACCUCGGCAUUGAAGAAAAUAGCUGCCGACAUGAGCAACAUAAUUGAAAGCUUGGACACAAGAGACCUCCACUUUGAGGGGGAGGAGGUGGACACCGACGUCCUACAUGACCCUAAAGCACCUGUGGGCAUUCCAUUCUCUGCCAUUUAUAACACGAGAGGAUUUAAAGAGGCUCAUAUACCGCUCUACCUAACCGGGUGCCCAAUCCGAGUCCGAGUUCUGGAAGUGGAGCGCUUUACCUCGACUACAAAGGUACCAAGUCCACAUGUUUACACUAUUGAACUGACACAUGGGGAAUUCACAUGGCAAGUGAAAAGGAAAUCCAAGCACUUCCAAGAGUUCCACAGGGAACUGCUAAGAUACAAAGCUUUCAUACGGAUUCCCAUCCCUACCAAAAGGCACACAGUCCGAAGACAGACCAUCAAAAGGGGAGAAGCGAGGCAAAUGCCAAGUCUACCACGUACCUCAGAUAACAUGGUCAGAGAAGAACACCUGUCCAGUAGAAGAAAACAAUUGGAAGAUUACUUAACAAACCUCUUGAAAAUGCCCAUGUACCGAAACUAUCAUGGAACGAUGGAGUUCAUUGGUGUAAGUCAGCUGUCAUUUAUCCAUGAUCUUGGGCCAAAGGGCAUAGAGGGAAUGAUCAUGAAGAGGUCCGGAGGUCACCGAAUACCAGGCUUGAAUUGCUGUGGACAAGGAAGACUGUGCUACCGAUGGUCUAAAAGGUGGCUAGUAGUCAAAGACUCCUUUUUACUGUACAUGAAGGCAGACAGCGGAGCAAUUUCCUUUGUCCUGUUGGUAGAUAAAGCAUUCAGCAUCAAGAUUGGCAAGAAAGAGACAGAGACAAAGUAUGGACUGCGAAUAGACAAUCUCUCCAGGUCACUGAUUCUGAAGUGCAACAGCUACAGACAUGCUCUCUGGUGGGGCCAAGGAAUAGAAGAAUUCAUUCAGAAAAAUGGAAAGAACUACCUUAAAGAUCACAGAUUUGGUUCUUUUGCACCACUCCGGGAGAACACCUUGGCAAAGUGGUAUGUGAAUGCAAAGGGAUACUUUGAAGAUGUUGCAAAUGCCAUGGAAGCAGCGAAAGAAGAGAUUUUCAUCACAGAUUGGUGGCUGAGCCCAGAGAUAUUCUUGAAGCGGCCAGUGGUGGAAGGGAAUCGCUGGAGAUUAGACUGCAUUCUGAGGCGGAAAGCUCAACAAGGGGUGAGAAUCUUUGUGAUGCUUUACAAAGAGGUGGAGCUUACUCUGGGCAUCAACAGCGAGUACAGCAAGCGGACCCUCAUGCAUUUGCAUCCCAACAUUAAGGUGAUGAGGCACCCAGAUCAUGUGUCGUCUUCUGUUUAUUUGUGGGCCCACCAUGAGAAACUGGUGGUCAUUGACCAGUCCAUCGCCUUUGUUGGAGGCAUCGACUUGGCUUAUGGCAGGUGGGAUGAUGAUGAGCACCGGCUGACUGAUGUUGGCAGUGCCAAACGAAUGACAGCAACCAAGUCAGGAUCUUCGAUGAAUCUAGCCUCUCCAGCUGAAACAGGUCAAUUGCCAUCCGACGGCCCACAGAUGGAGCCCCCGGUGAAGUUGCCACUGCACAGAAACAGUGAUGACCUUCCAGAUGCCUCAAGAAUGAAAGGAAUAGGGAAGACCAAGAAGUUUGCCCGGUUCAGCAUCUACAAGCAGCUCCACCGGCAUGGCCUCCAUCACGCAGACAGCGUGAGCAGCGUAGACAGCGAGUCCCAUAAAGGCUCAGUUCGCAGCUUGAAGACAGGUGUUGGAGAGCUUCUUGGGGAAACCAGGUUCUGGCAUGGAAAGGAUUACUGCAACUUUGUCUUCAAAGACUGGGUUCAACUGGAUAAACCUUUUGCUGACUUCAUUGAUCGCUACACAACGCCAAGGAUGCCAUGGCACGACAUCGCCUCCGUUGUGCAUGGUAAAGCCGCACGAGAUGUGGCUCGGCACUUUAUUCAGCGCUGGAAUUUCACAAAGAUCAUGAAACCCAAAUACAGAUCCCUCUCCUAUCCCUUCUUAUUGCCCAAAUCUCAGCGAACAGCUGAUGAGUUGAAGUAUCAAGUCCCUGAAGCUGUGUGCGCCAGUGUUCAGGUGCUUCGUUCUGCUGCUGAUUGGUCUGCUGGGAUUAAGUACCACGAAGAAUCCAUCCAUACUGCUUAUGUUAGCAUGAUAGAAAACAGCGAGCACUACAUAUAUAUUGAGAACCAGUUUUUUAUCAGCUGCGCUGACGACAGAGUUGUAUCUAACCGGAUUGGUGAUGCCAUCGCACACAGGGUUCUCAAGGCCCACAGGGAAAACAAACGGUACCGAGUCUAUGUAAUAAUCCCCCUGCUUCCAGGCUUCGAAGGAGACAUCUCAACAGGAGGAGGAAAUGCCCUGCAAGCAAUCAUGCACUUUAACUACAGGACCAUGUGCAGAGGAGAUAAUUCGAUCCUAGGACAGCUGAAAGCCGAGAUUGGAGACCAGUGGAUUAAUUAUAUUUCAUUCUGUGGGCUUCGAACCUACUCUGAGCUGGAAGGGAAACUCGUCACAGAACUGAUCUAUGUUCACAGCAAGCUGAUGAUUGUCGACGACCACACAGUCAUCAUUGGCUCUGCUAACAUCAAUGACCGCAGCAUGCUGGGGAAACGGGACAGUGAGAUGGCCAUCAUCGUGCAGGAUUCUGACACCAUUCCUUCCAUGAUGGAUGGACAGGAGUACAAAGCAGGAAGAUUUGCUCACUCUCUACGUCUUCAGUGCUUUAGAGUUGUUCUUGGCAGUUCAACAGACCCUAAAGAUCUCCAAGAUCCUGUUUGUGACAAAUUCUUCAAGGAAGUGUGGAUUGCGACAGCUGCCCGCAAUGCCACUAUUUUUGAUAAGGUUUUCCGGUGCCUUCCCAACGAUGAGGUGAACUGCUUAGCCCAGCUGCGGGACUUCAUUGCCAAACCGAAACUCGCUUGUGAGAAUCCUCUUAAAGCGACUGAAGAACUCAAAAAAAUCCAUGGAUUUCUAGUCCAGUUCCCCUUUAGUUUCUUGGAUAAAGAGAAUUUGCUUCCUUCUGUUGGAACGAAAGAGUCCAUGGUGCCAAUGGAGACGUGGACUUAAAGUGGAUUCAGAAUGUGUUGGGAUUUUUUAAUUUAAAAAACAGGUCUUUAGAGACACAUCAAGUGUGGUGGCAUGGAACCACUUUGCCACAGGGAGGGAAAGAAAAGUCUCCACCAAUCCAAAUGUGCCUUUUGAUGGAACAGCUUCAGGCAGAACGACGCUGUUGCAGGGAGCAAUGUUGAAAACCACCGAUGACUGACAAGUUCUGCUCACUACGAAACAAAGGCCAUCUUUAAACCACUCUGGUGGGCAUGGAAGAAUGCAAUCCACUUUCUGAAAAAGACUACAAGUCAGAUCUCAACACCCUUCACUUAUUCCAUGCAUGUUUUACUCUGCACAGCUGCUUGUCUCUGAAUGGAUUGACAGAAUUCCAAAACUUUGCCUUAAAGAGCAAGCCACAGUAAAGCAUCUGCUUAUAGCAUCCGUCGAUUGUGCUAGACAGUGUCUGAUAACCAGCUGCCGCCACAACAACAACAACAACAACUCAAGCCACUGCUUAUUAUACUGGACAAAGUGAAUUUGCGUCCAUGUGUCUGGUUUAAGAGCCAUGCACUGAACACUUACCAAUGUGAUAAAUAGCCACAUGCUGUGAACAUGCACGUACUGUAAUUAUGAUAAUGGUUGUAGGCUUCUUAUGUUGGUUAAAUCUUUGAGGCUAGGUUGCCUAGCUAGAGUUUCCUUCCCACCCACCCCGAGCGACAUUGAUUUUAUAUUCUGUAAAUUGUGCAACAACUGCUGAGAAAUACUGCACAGUGCCAGCCUGUGCAUGGCUCUGAUCCCUAUCUGUUGCGCGUCGGUCGUAAAGGUUUGCACAGAGCUCCUCAGCUUGUUAGUGCUGUAUUUAGAACAAGAAAUACUGCUGGUCUUGGAGCACUUGCAUGUGACUCAUUGCAACAAUGUGUGUUAAAAGCCUUCUAAGUUAAGAUUCCGUACAAGUCAGUGCCCGCUAUAUUGGUACUAUAGUUGGUACCUCCUAUUGUGUGUUAUGCAAUUAAUUGCAUAAGGAGAGGGUUUUACUCACUGGACUGCCAGGCUGCACAGUCCCAGAAGAGGGACCAAUUCAUUCUUUCUUCCCUAUCUAGAAAUGCGAAGCUAGAAAGUUCCUUUUCUCAUGUCUGGAGUCCUCAGCCAAGCAGGCCAAAAGAUGGUAUGAGAUUUAGUUUAGCUUCAGAUAGUUUCAGGGUCUUCUGUGUACUUAGGGAAGAAAAUCAGGUGUGUCUCCACACACCCUAAGGAAAGUAUGGAGAAUCACUAAAAAACCAGGUGUGCCCCCCCCCCCCUUGCAAGGAACUGCAAUUGUCAUGUAGCAGAGAACUAUGCCAGUUGAUGUGAAAGUUGCACAGAACUACAUUCAGCACGGGUUGGCUCCGUACUAUGAAGUAUAUGUGGAUUCCAUUCUGUGUGGCAGAAAUCUUGAACUGGGAACAACAGUUUGGCAGCUCACUCUGUCCUCUAAGGAAUGCCACUGGUUUGUUCAAGUCAUAGCUAAGGUCAGAGGUCUCUUCACGCAUUUAAAUGUGUGGCAUAUGAAUGUGACAAAUAUGUGUGUGCAAACACAAAGUUCUGCGUUCAUCAGAGAACUGAGAUUGGCUGUGACUCCCUUUUUAAGUGUACAGUUGGUGACAGAGUUGGGUUCAUUGGUGUGUAAUGUGUGGAAGGACCUUGUGGGCUGCUCCAUUUAGCAUCUGGACAGGAGCAAACUGAGAAGACAGCAUAGUCAAAGCAGGAAGGAACCUUACAUCUUCUCUGACCCACUGUACUGAAACCAUUUUCUGUACACCUCCAAGAGAAAAUCUGUCUUUUCUCAUUUGCUUUUUUUUCAAUGCCACUUGCCUUCUAUAAUCAACAACUCUAGUUAGUCACAAAUUAAAACUGUAGUUCCAAUGAGCCAAAUCUUAGGGUACUGUACUAAAUGAACCAACCUAGGAAGCAGUCUCAGGGUGCAUGUGUGAAUAUAUGACUGAUAACCAGAAACAUUAUCCCAUGUUUUCAAAGGUCAGUGUUUCCAAAGCAGUCAGGAAGUAAAGAAAGUGAAUGGAUCUAUCUCCACAUUGAGGAGAUAUCCUUGGUCAUGAAACUGGGAUCUAUAGUUAUAAUGGAGCAUUAAAAUUGACCUUUCCCAGUAGUGCAGAUGUGUGACUCCAGUCAAACGUGAAUGGUAUCUGCUCAUGAAAAGUCAGUCCUAGGUCAUUCAAGUCUUUCACCAUCCCUAGUACAGGUCGCCCAACCUUUUAGGCCUUACUGCAACCCUCUGAUCCACUAGUAGCAGCCUCAUUUCCCAGCACUUUACCAAAACACUGGGAAGUCAUUCAUACAAUCAAAAACUGUGUUCAACCUGGGUUUGGGAGCUGUGUGUGCUCCCUAUUUUAUUUUAUUUUAUUUUAUUUUAGGGGGGGAGGGGGGAGUUGGAAAAGUUACCCAGGUUUUCCUCCUACCUUGCUUCCACACAACCAAAAAUUGGGAGCACACACAGCUCCCAAACCUGGAUAGGAAACAGGUUUUUGACUGUGUGAAGGAUCUCUGGGCUUCCUCUCUAGGUCCCAAAACUGAAUUUCUAAUGUGCCGUGGCAUUACGUUAUGCUGAUAAAUAAGAAACACUAACUUUCCUCAAGGGCACGCUAACUGCCCAGCAAGCUGCAGUGUGCUACAGUUCCCGUUUCUUUUUCAUGCUGUUAGGUUGCAGAUGCUGUUAAUUAGUGGGCAUGGAUGGAAAUCACAUGCAUUCUUUCACAUCGGUGUAUCAGAGGCCCAUUUUAACCGUUCAAUAAUUCAUACACGGCAGCCUUUUAGGAGAUAGCCUGCAUGGAUAAUGCUUGUAUCCGUAAUGUAAUGUGCUUAGCUUAGGUUUCCUUACAGUUUCUCAGAAUGUGUAGGUUUUGAAUUCUUUCGGUUGCUGCUAUUUGCAAUGAAACUUGAGGAUGACUCCAUCCUCAGCUCUUUUGGUUGCUGUAGAAGACUACUGUGCUGUAAAGUCAUUGUUGUAUAAGGAACGGAUUGCUUUAGCACUUCAGCUCAGCACACAUGAGUUUGAAUAAGGCCAUCAUUCUAGCUCAGGGGUGGGCAGAAGGUAGAUUGGAGUCUUUGGGUAGAUUUCUGGGUGAUUUGCAAUCAGUUGGCAAGGGUUUACUUCAUCCAAUAUUUCAAAGGCGCCCCAUUAAUAAGGCAUAGUGAGGCCGUCUCUUCAAGAGGCAGACUAGCAGAGGUGGCGGAUCGGCUGCCUCCCUUGCUGCCACCUCCAGCCCACCUCCACUGCCACCACUGCCCAAAACAUUUUUCUUGUGGUGCACCAGCCACCACCCUUGUCCCUCUUUCCUCCUCCCUCCCUGUUGUGUCAUUCAGCCCAGCAUAUCAUCCCUCUCAUGACUCUUGCCGGUGUCUCCCUUGUGUUUCUUUUGAGACUGUGAGCUCUUACGGGGCAGGGAACCAUCUUCUCAUUCCUUUUGCUAUGUCAACAACUUUGAGAACUUUUUUUUGGUUGAAUAGUGAUCUCUAGAUAUUCUUAAUCAUAAUAGUUUAGUGGAGAAGUAAAGCAUGCACCUAGGUAGACCAGGGAAGCUUGACAGGUAGAAUGCAAUAUCCACUGAUAGACAACCAUGGAUUUAUCUGAGUCUUUUGUAAGAACUGCAAGCUUCUGUCCCAGAAAGCUUUUACAUAGCCUGAGGGGACAGCAACUGGACCACAGGCCUCACUUCUUCAAGCACAGCCUGUCCAAUACACCUCUUCCAGACCGCUCUACUUUCCUUAUCUGCGUGUUGCUCUCUGCACUAACUGUAUUAUCAGAACAUCAGCUUGACAUGAAUGAAUGUUUACAAAUCUGUGUGAAGGAGCUUCCAAUUGUAAUCUGUCAUGAUUCAAAUGUUAUAAUUUUAUUCUACUAACACAGGGCCAAUUCAGAUGCCACACACAGCCAAAUGUAAACCUUGGCUUCAUGUGCUAUCAGUCAGCCCUGGUUGGAAACACAUGCUGGCCCCUUCCCUGCCCAUGUGUGAAUUGGAAGAAUUCUACUUUGAAUUGCAGUUAGAAACAAGCCAGGAUCAAUCAUGAUAUCCGAACUGACUUGAUCCUGUCUUAUUCUAACCAAAGUUGCAAAAUAAACCACCAUCUGAACCCAGGGCCUGAAGUUGGGUUCAGAUCAUGGUUUAUUUCAAGCACUUUGGUUAAAAUAAGCCAGGAUUGGUCAGUUCAGAAGUCAUGAUCGAUCCUGGCUUGUUUUUAACCAAAGAACUCUUCUGACUCAUGGGAGGGCAAGGGAGGAGUGAGUAUCUAAUCCUAAGGCUGAUUGAUGCCGCACAAAGUCAGGGUUUAAUCUUGGCUCCAUGUGACAUCUGGACUGGCCCAAUAUUUUAUAAGUAACCUAGAAAAAUGACGCUUCUUUGAUAUAGGUAGUUGCUUCUUUGCAUUGACUUAUGAAGACUUCUCUGGUGCAUUGUUAAGUCACCUCCUGACUAAAGUUUCUGGCUAUGGAUUUAUUCAGGUUGCAUAUGCAGUUCUUCUACUCCUGUGCCUGUCUUAUUUCUCUUCAAGGAGACAUUGGUCCCAGAUGUUUCAUGACAAUCUUAUGAUUCUUUCAGCCUACUGUGCAGGUUACGGGAGGGUCAGCAUUAGCUGGGCACAAGUGCCAUGUGGCUUACGAGGCCUGGGUGUGCUGAACUCCAUGCAGGCACCAUGUUAAGAACGUAAUUGUCACUCGCUCAGUCAUGUCAUACAGUUCCUGAUGGAAGAGAUACCAUAUGCACCAAAACCUCCUGUAUUGCGCCUGCAGGAAUGACUACUGCAAUGCAGCAGAUAAGUGCCAUGUUGCAUUUAACCCCCAAAUCACAUAAAAUAUUAUACCCACCAUGCAAACAAAGGAAACUGUAGGAUAGGCCGUAGUGGCAUUUACCAUGUCAGCAAAACCAGGCCUUGUUUGGAACACCCCCACAUUCAGGAACAGCCAAUUGGCAACUGGAGGUAUGGAUCUACCCAUCUAGUCCAUUUCCCUUUGUAUUGUCAAUCCUACUGGGUAAAAGUGGCUAUACUGGCUGUGACUUUUGGUCCCUUCAAUGAACAUAAGAAAAGCCCUGCUGGAUCAGGCCUAAGACCUAUCUAGUCCACAUCCUGUUUCACACCAUGGCCCACCCAAUGGCUCUGGGAAGCCCACAGGCAAGAACUGAAGGCAUGCCCUCUCUCCUGCUGUUGCUCCCCUGCAAGUGGUAUUCAGAGGCAUCUUGCCUCUGAGGCUGGAGGUGGCCUAUAGUCAUCAGACUAGUAGCCUUUGAUAGACCUGUCCUCCAUGAAUUUGUCUAUAAGAACAUAAUGCUUUGAGGCUCAGGAUAUUAAUGCAGGGGUUCCCACUUGCGGAUCCCAGAUGCUGUUGGACUACAACUCCCAAGGAAGAGAGCUGGUCAUGUGGUAGCAAACAUGACUUGUCCCCUUAGCUAAGCAGGGUCCACCCUGGUUGCAUAUAAAAGGGAGACUAGAAGUGUGAGGACUGUAAGAUACUCCCUUAGGGGAUGGAGCCGCUCUAGGAAGAGCAUCUGGGUUCCAAGUUCCUUCCCUGGCAUCUCCAAGAUAGGGCUGAGAGAGAUUCCUACCUGCAGCCGUGGAGAAGCCACUGCCCAUCGGUGUAGACAAUACUGAUCUAGAUGGACCCAUGGUCUGACUCAGUAUAUGGCAGCUUCCUCUGUUCCUAUCAUCCCCAGCCACAAUGACAGACCCAAGGCUGGGAACCCCUGAUCUGAAGGACUGUCUUCUUCCAUAUGAUCCUAUCCACUUGCCUAGGUCUCUGAUUGAGACUCUGCUUGUGGAACACCUCCACCUAAGGUUGGUGCAUAGGCAUUUCUUGGUCAUGGCACCUCGGCUGUGGAAUUGUCUACCCACCCACCCCCGGAGGCUCAUCUCUGCCUCUCUGCCCACUAUUGAUGUUCAGAUGCCAGGUGGAAAAACAGUACUAUUCUGGUGAGCUUUUGGCAUGAGUAAUAAUUAGGUUUGUUCUUCCUCUAUUGUCUGUUUUCAGCCAGCUACUGCCUUAUGUUGUAUUGAAUGCUUUGAACUAGCUACUGUUCUACCGCUUUAUGUGCUGCAUUGCAUAAUUCUGUUUUGUUCCAUUCAUCAUGGUGUUGUUUUUCCUGGAUUGCUAGCCACCUUGGGGGUCUCAUAUGUGGGUGGCAAAGUGGGGUAUGCUUUAGUGCAUAAAUAAAGGUGUGUACUUGUAUGAACAGGCAGCUGUCAUGUUUCCAAUGCUACUAUUCUCUCUACUAUUGGGAACUCCAUGCAGACUUUAUUGCCCCUUGCUGUUGUCAUUGAUAGCACUUUGACACCUGCCUAAUCAGGAAUCCAUGAAGUUAAAGGGCAAAAGUCAGUAUUGAUUGAAAUCAUCCUACAACAGACAUUAAGUCAGAAGGAAAGCUGCGGGCUAAUAGAAUUCAGCAGUUCUUUUCCUUCUGACCUUUUAAGAAAGGGGGAAAUGGUUUUUUUUUGUUUUGUUUUCCAGCAGUUGUCAUUGGGUUCUUUAUAAUCUCACCAGAGCGGUUUCUUAAAAUAGAAGUAGACACUGAGAAUAAUUGUAAUUUACUUGUCUCCAUCCUUGACAUGGAGAUAAUGGAAGAAAAACAAAGUUAGCUUUUUAAUUGGCCGGUCAAGCCACUUUCACAUAAAUGAAGUGUUCCUUGGAUUAACUAGGUGACAAGAUAAGCUUGUUUUGUAUAUUUGGGGAAGGGGGUGUUGGACAAAUUCUGUGUAUCUGUGCAGCUAGAUGAACACUGUGAAAAUGCCUUCUGUGAAGGAUUCAGAAUUGUCAUUUUGUUUUAUGAUAUUGCUAGUCUUUACUAAUGGCUCCUUUCCUUUUCCUUCCUCUGUGAUGGUAACUGGGAAUACUUAUACAUUCAUCAACUGAAAAUGUAACUAAAAUGUAACAUGUUGGAAAUAUUUGCAUUACGGCUCUUCAUUUUGAGACUCCCAGAAGCCUGAAACCCUAAUCUCCUUUCACACUGGACUGAGCACAGUGUGUCGUUCCUACUUACUAAAGGGAAGCGAAGAUAGGUUUAUUUAAAUAUGAGCUUAGUAGGAAAUGGGUGUCUGCAGAGAUUGGACUUGGCAGGAUAAUGUAGAGAGCCAGCAUGAGACACUCUUGAGAUGUGGCUGAAAAAAUAUGGAAGGAGUUAGAAUCUGGGAAGAGUCACACACAAGCCUUACAUCCAGCACUACAAUAUAUGGCCGUACUAGGUGACAUUAUAGGGGAAAGAAAUCAGCGGACAGGCAAAAUCAACCUGCCAUUCAGCUGAAGCUCAGCUUAGUGGAUGACAGAUAUUAUAAUGGAUGCUGUAAACCCUCCUCCUUCACCCCGAGUGUUCUGUUCCAUUCACAAGUAGCACCUCCAAGGCUGCUGCAGCUCUUGAUGAUGGUAAAUCAAUCUGUUUUAAAAUAAGAUUUUUAGGCCACUCUCCACUCUCAAACCUGCCCCGAACUGGUUCCAAUUCGAUCCGAGCCUUCAAUCAGAGGUCAGCAAAUAAUGGCAUGGGUGCCAAAAGUGUCACAUAAAAUGAUUUUGAGUGGCACUCACACUGCUAGGAAAACGCCGCUAAAAUUAGAGAUGUGUGAACCAGUUUGCACUUGAACCAGUUUGGUUCGAGAGCUCAACCUCAGAAUGAACCCGGUCCAGUUUGUUGCAAAGUCAGACAAAACCUCUCAGACCAGUUUGAGAGUGGUGAGCAGCAUAACAAUUCAUUUUUUUAAAGAUUGACUUACCGCUGCCAAGGGCUACAGCAGCUUCGAGGGGUGCUGAGGUGGCUGCAGGGGGUAUCCGGCUGUCUCAAGUCUCCCUGGGCUGGUAUGGCUUGUUCUGGUCCUCUGUGUAUGCAUGGCGGCCACCGCAGCACCCCCAAGGCUGCUGCAGCUCUUGACGAUGGUAAAUCAAUCUGUUUUAAAACAGAUUUUUAGGCCACUCUCCACCCUCAAACCUGCCCCGAACUGGUUCCAAUUCGAUACAAGCUAGAUACCCCAUUCAAGGCAGCAAAACCAAAAAUGCCCAGUCUGGUUCGAAUCCAGUUCAGAUUCGAACCGAACCGGGCAAACCGGUUUUGUGCACUACAGUGCCUACUGCGUGUCUCCGGUUGGCAUUUCACUGCUCGCUGAAGCAGACAGUGGACAUCCAGGAUUGUGCAGGCUGGUUGGCUUUCUCUCUUGAAUGCAUGCGCUUCAAAGAAAUGAAGGCAUAUAUGUGAGAAAGAGCCAGCUAACUGACACAGCCGGAGAGACUGCUGUUGAUGUUGGAUGUCUAUUUCUUGCUGCAGCAAGUAGUGACACCUCAGCCAGAGGCAGGCAAUGGCCAUCAUUGCAGCUGGUCUUCCACAUGCUUGCAUUCUCUCUCCCCUCCAACUAACUUCUGUGCUUUGUCUUCUCCCACAAUGGAGGAGACAAAGCACAAAUAUUUGCUGAAGGAUGAAGAGAGCCAGUGAUGCUUAAUGCUGCCUGAAGAACAGCCCUGAACACCAGGAAGAAGAGAGGUAGUGGUCAGCAUGGGACUUCCAGCCCAGCAGUGAAUCCAGUGGCAGGGGGUGUGGCCAGUGACAUUGGGUGGGGCAGCAUCACAGCCCGAUUGGUGCAGCAAUGGGAUAGAGCUAGCAAGGCCGGGAUGUCAACUUCACUUUAAGUGGCACCCUCUCUUCAAGCUAUCCCUGAAGUCUUGGCAUACCGCCUUUGAAAGGUUGCCAACCCCUGGAUGCUCCUAGCCCCAACUGCCCUUCCAAGACUCUGCCUCCCCCACCUGGAGAGUCUUUAUGAGCAGCUCUUUGAUCUAGAGCAUUGUACACCUUCUCCUCGCCAUCACCCUUCUUUCUGAUCUGCUCUCAGAGCUGGCUUAAAGGCACAACAGAGUGCAAGAUUCUCUUUGUUAAUGGGUUUGGUUCCUUGGGUAGAUCAGAUCUAGGAGGUGCAGACUCCAGGGUCUCCUGUUCAAGGGUCACUUAGCUGGCAGGUCCAUGGAGAAUGAAUAAGUUUAUUGAAGAGUCAUCUGAGCAUAUCCACAAUGUUGGGAUGCCCAAAUGCUAGAUGGGGCACAAGUGGGUGUUUACUUCAACCGACUUUCCAUAGAGCGAAUCCAAACAAAAUUCUUGUGGUCUAUUCUUGCUGCCCCCAGAUGUGCGCAUAAUGCAGUGCUUAGACUGGAGAUUGGGAUGCCCAAAAUUGAGGUGAAGGCUUGGAAGUGUAUGAUCACACAAAAUAUAUUUCACCUCUAUUGCAGGGGUACCCAGACUGAUUGGAGGGGUUCUAUAUCAAGUUAUUACUUUCUGAUACAAAUCAAACUAUAACCUGCACAGUAGCUAAAUUUUGUGUAGCAGCAGUGAAAAUAUGACAAUAAUUGGCACAGUCAUGAUCCAGUUGGCUGUAAUAUCUUUAUGUAUUGUUUGUUUUUAAUCUCUGUAUUUGAUCUUUGAUCAAAAUAAACAUUGAUGGGUGGACUGAA